GGCUUGUAAGCACUGCGUGUGAACCUGAGUCAGCGGGCUCUGAGGGAGGGCCCGGCAGAGUCGCAGUGAAUAACAGGCCUUCCCUCUGUCUCCAGGGGUCCUGGACCCCGGACCAGGAAACCCCUCCAACAAGUUAGCUCUGAUCAGAUGUUUUCCGCUGCGCCUGGAGACAUUAGACUAGGGAGGGGCCAGUGGGUGGGCUCAAGGGCCUUGGUCCAGCCUGGCCCUACCCAGCAGGCUGCAUGGCCGUGGGGGUCGUGGGAGGGCCAGACCUGGCUUGGCAGUGGCCCCAUUGCCUCCUGUUCCAGGAUUCAGACCAACUACAUGACGCUGCAGAGGAUCAACCAGGAGCUGGAGGAAAAGCUGCAGCGCAUGGGCCAGCACUAUGAGGAAGAGAAGAGAGCGCUGAGCCACGAGAUUGUCGCCCUCAACAGCCACCUGCUGGAGGCCAAGGUGACCAUCGACAAGCUGUCGGAGGACAACGAGCUCUAUAGGAAGGACUGCAAUCUAGCGGCCCAGCUGCUGCAGUGCAGCCAGAACUACGGCAGGGUCCAUAAGGUGUCCGAGGUGGCCCCGGGCUUCGCACGGACCUUGUCGCCCUACCAGGCCGACUCCUACGGCUUCCCGGGCUCCCCGGGCGUCCACAGGACCCUGAUGACCCCCCCGAACCUGUGGAGCCUGCGCGCCAAGCCCGGGUCGGCCCGGAUGCCCAGGCAGGACCUACGCGGCCCGUGGCGGCCCGUGGAGGAGAUCGGUGCCUACUCGUUCCCGGUCCCGGGGCGCCGACCCUCGCCCCGCAGGUUCCCCGAUCGCUACUACGGGGGGAGCAGCCCGGGCCACCGGUCCGAGGGCCGCGACAGCCCCUUCUACGCCAGCUACAAGGCCGACAGCUUCUCGGAGGGCGACGACUUCUCCCAGGGCCACCUGGCCGAGCCCCCCUUCCUGCGCGCCAGGGGCCCCGCCUACCCGAUGCCCGGCUACGCGUCCAGCGAGGGCGACGGGGAGCGGCUCCCGGGGCAGCUGUGCGGCGUGGCCAGCCCCGAGCCUGAGCAGAGCCUCCAGAGCUCCAGGGAUUCCCUGGAGCCCAGCUCCAUGGAGGGCUCCCCCGAAAUGCACCCCGAGGCCCGCCUGAGCCCCCAGCCGACGUUCCCACGCGGGGGCGGCGCGGGGCUCAACCGCAAGGAUAGCCUCACGAAGGCCCAGCUCUACGGAACCUUGCUCAACUGAACACCUGCAGGCCCGCAGGCCAAAGCUGGGGGCACCCGCCACCCAUCCCGCACCCCAGGGCGCUGCCCCGC